AUUCAAUGUUCUACUUAUUUUUGCUAGGCAAUAAACUGAUUUUAAAAAGACUGAAAAGGUCCACAUCAUUGUGUGCCGCUUUGGACUUGGUCUCCAUUAAUAAAUACACACCAAACAGUGUAUUCACUUCACAGAAUCACAAAUCGUUUUAUGAAACAAAUCUUGCUUAUAAGUUUCAACUAGAAGAAAGUUGUAAUAACAUAUAGCAUCAUCAACAAAUGGAGUUUUUCCACAACGCUAAAGCCGUUAGGAUGCGUAACGUCCACGAAAAAUAUCUUAUGGCGGACGAGGACGAGGAGACGGUGACUCAAGAAAGGAAUGGUUCCGACAAGAGAGCUCGUUGGACCGUCGAACCAGUUCGUGGUUCCUUUGAAGUGAUCCGUUUGAGGAGUUGCUACGGUAGCUACCUCACCGCUUCUAGAGAGCGGUUCUUGCUCGGUGCCACGGGGCGUAAAGUGGUCUUGUCUAAACCAAGUGGACUUGACUCAUCCGUUGAGUGGGGGCCGGUGAGAGAAGGAUCAAAAGUAAAGCUCAAGACUAGGCACGAUCACUUCCUCCGAGCCAAUGGUGGACUUCCUCCGUGGCGUAACUCAGUCACUCAUGACUCUCGUCGUAGUUCCGACUCGUUCUUGUGGGAUGUUGAUGUCGUUGAGAUCUUGGUCGAAACGACGUCUCCUGCUCCAGCUCCUCCGAUGUCUAAGACCACUUCAGAAAAAUCGGAGGAUGGAACCGUUGGCGCAGGCGCUAAGAGAAGAGACUACUAGACUAGCAUGGGUCAUGGAUGAUGCUGAUGUGUGUACACGCAAUCCUUUAAAUGGCAAGCUGUUUCCUCUUCGUUUGCAGCUUCUGCAUGUCGUUUUAGUAGCUUCAAUUAGUUCUUAGAUGGCAUGCUGUGUGUGUCUUGCAAUAGUGGUCGACGUAUUAGCUCAAGAUUGAGAUAUGGUGUUGACCAGAAGGUAUGAUUGGCCCUCGGUUCCAUUAUAUAAGAGUGUAAAGUGUGAACUAUGUAAUAUAUAAAUAGAUUAUUAUUGUGGAUGCUAAUCUUUCUUUUGUUGGACAUAAUUUAUUUUGUAAACGUAUCAUUUAAGUUUUAUAUGUGAACAAUUGCCAUAAAAAAAAU